AUGCCACCACCUCGGGCCUCUCCCGCAGAGCGACCUCUGCCGUCGUCCUCCAGCUUCACCAUGAAUAUCAACCAGCCUUCAGAGAAAUACAUUGUCAUUCCCGGCAUUGGCAAGAGGAAAGUCCAAACCAGCGAUGAAGAAAACGGAGCCCCUCGACGGCCAACCCGACGGCUUCGCUUUCUGAACUGGAUGCCCAACAAUGUCAGAAAUCACGUCGUCGCCAUGAUCGGAGAGUUCGUUGGCACUUUCAUGUUUCUCUUCUUCGCCUUUUCCGCAACCCAGAUCGCAAACACCGGUGCUUCUAGCAACGCGCCCAAUGCCGUUCCCAACACCUCUGGUCUCAUGUACAUCGCCUUGGGCUUCGGCUUCUCUCUCGCCGUCAAUGUCUGGGUGUUCUUCCGCAUAUCCGGCGGCCUGUUCAAUCCCGCGGUCACGCUGGGGAUGUGCCUCAUCGGCGCCGUUGGCUGGUUUCGGGGAUUGCUCAUCUUCGUGACCCAGAUUGUCGGCGCCAUCGCUUCCGCCGGCAUCGUGUCGGCCCUCUUUCCCAACACCCUCAACGUUCGCACGACGCUGAGAAACACGUCCGUCGUGCGAGGCCUCUUCAUUGAGAUGUUCCUCACAUUCAUGCUGGUCUUCACCGUCUUCAUGCUCGCAGCCGAGAAACACAAGGGCACUUUCCUGGCCCCCAUCGGCAUCGGCUUGACCAUGUUCAUCGCCGAACUAUCGGGCGUCUGGUUCACCGGCGGCAGUCUCAACCCCGCGCGCUCUUUCGGCCCGGACGUGAUCCUGCACACGUUCGAGGGCUACCACUGGAUCUACUGGGUGGGCCCGGCGCUCGGCUCGCUGCUCGCCGUCGUCACAUACCGGCUGAUCAAGUCGCUCGAGUACGAGACGGCCAACCCGGGCCAGGACUUUGACGAGAACGAGAUCGAGGCCUUCCACCCGGGCGAGGACCCCACGCCCGAGGACGUCCGCCGCCCGCAGGUCUACGGCGUCACCUCAGAGCAGCUCGCGGCCAUCGCCUCGCGCGACACCGGCACCGGCACCGACCUCGACCACGACGGCGGCACGACCGCCUACGCGCCCAGCUCCCCCCGCCACUCGCACGACGGGCACGGCAUGAGCCCCCCCGGCAGCAGGAAGAAGAACAGCAUCGGCGGCGGCGGCGGUGGCGGCGCACCCUCCCCGCGAUCCCUCAACGUCGCCCUCUUCGAGAAGCAACAACAGCAACAGCAACAGCAACAGCAACAGCAACAACAGCAACAUCAGCAGCAGCACGAACACUUUCCGCAUGAGCGGGCGUAUUAUGAGGGGGAGGAUGAUGAGGGGUGGGAGAGGGCGAGGGAGAGGGGGGGAAAGAGGGAGAGGGGGGAAAAGAGGUUGUGA